AUGAGAUUCAUGCGGCCAUGGCUCGCAGUGGCGGGUCUGAGCCUGCUAUCCGCCUCGGCCUCGGCCGAAACACAGCAAUCAGCAUUUGGAGUGCAGACAACAGCAUCAGAUGGCUUUACUCACAAGCAUGAGGCUGGAAGAUGCGCUAUACGUGGACAUUGUGGCAAGCAAGGAUUCUUCGGAUCAGAUCUGCCAUGUCCUGACAACGGCUUGGCCGAGGAGCCCACCGCCGACACGCGCAAGACGCUCAUGUCUAUCUGUGGAGACAAGUGGGCUGAAGGCCCUGUGUGUUGCACAGAUGAGCAGCUGGGAGCCCUCAGCUCGAAUCUGAAGCGUGCCGAAUCUAUCAUAGGCGCCUGCCCUGCUUGCAAAGAGAACUUCUUUAACCUCUUCUGCACGUUUACAUGCUCACCCGACCAAUCUCUCUUUGUCAAUGUUACCGACACUGUCCCCAAGGGCGACAAACUGCUGGUCACCGAACUUGACCAGCUUAUCUCUGAAGAGUAUGGAAGUGCUUUCUACAACAGCUGUAAGGACGUCAAGUUUGGCGCCACUGGAGGCAAAGCCAUGGAUCUGAUCGGUGGUGGCGCGAAGAACUACACUCAGUUCCUCAAGUUUUUGGGUGACAAGAAACCUUUUGGCAGCCCCUUCCAGAUCAACUUCCCCAUCCCUAGCAAGGCAGACUUCCCUGGCAUGGAGCCAGGAUCCGACAAAGCGCACCCUUGCAACAGUACUGACGAGAGAUACAAGUGCGCUUGUGUUGAUUGUGCUGCUUCCUGUCCUGAGCUGCCUUCAGUCAAGGAAGCUCAUGAGUGUAAGGUCGGCGUGUUGCCUUGCCUGUCAUUCGCCGUCAUUAUCGUCUAUUCCGUCUUCUUGUUCCUGCUAAUCCUGGCUGUCUCUGGUCAUGUCGCUUAUGCUAAGCACACUAAGAGCCGCAACGAGCGCUUGAGAUUGCUGCAGGACGCUUCCCCUAGUGACGAUGAAGACGAAGGCGACAUUGUACACCAGGCUGGCCUUCUCGAGAAGCCUACCAGAAGCUACCCUCUAAACACGGUCUGUGACAGAAUAUUCUCACGUCUCGGCCGAACUGCUGCCAACUUCCCUGCUAUCACUAUCAGCUCUUCCGUUGUACUCGUUGCGCUGCUGAGUCUAGGCUGGAUGCGCUUCACCGUCGAGACUGACCCUGUCAAGCUAUGGGUUUCUCCUGACUCUGAAGCGGCAAAGGAGAAGGCCUUCUUCGACAAGUCCUUUGGUCCUUUCUUCAGAGCCGAACAAGCAUUCCUGGUCAACGAUACCCUGUCCACUGGCCCUGGUCCUGUACUGUCAUACGACACACUUAACUGGUGGUUUGACGUCGAGAACCGUAUCCGCAGACUGAAGUCAAUCAACGGUGGCUACACGCUCGAUGAUGUCUGUUACAAACCCACCGGAGAUGCCUGUGUCGUCCAGUCUUUGACCGGCUACUUCGGUGGUGACAUUGAUCUCGUCGAUCCUGACAUGUGGGCUGAGGAUCUCGAGGCUUGCGCUGAGACCCCCGUCAACUGUCUGCCUGACUUCCAGCAGCCACUCAACCCCCGCUACCUCUUUGGUGGCUACAACGGCAGCGUCAUCAAUUCUACUGCUAUCGUUGUCACAUGGGCUGUCAGCAACCAUGCCGAGGGCACUUUCGAGCUCGAAAGAGCCAUGGACUGGGAAGAGAGCCUCAAGGGACUCUUGCUCACUGUCCAGGAAGAAGCCUCAGAACACGGCCUUCGUCUGUCUUUCAACACCGAAAUCAGUCUCGAGGAGGAGCUCAACAAAUCGACCAACACUGAUGCCAAGAUUGUUGCUGUCAGUUAUCUGAUCAUGUUCUUGUACGCAUCUAUUGCUCUUGGCGCCACUACUUUGACUGUCAGAGAUGUGCUCAACAACCCUGCAAACGCUCUGGUUCAGUCAAAGUUCAUGCUCGGUGUCGUGGGUAUCCUCAUCGUUCUUAUGUCUGUCUCGGCAUCGGUCGGUCUUUUCGCUGCCGCUGGUGUCAAGGCCACUCUGAUCAUCGCUGAGGUCAUCCCAUUCCUGGUGCUCGCGGUUGGUGUUGACAACAUCUUCCUUAUUGUUCAUGAGUUCGAACGUGUCAACAUCAGUCAUGCUGAUGAACCAGUGAGUGAGCGGAUUGCAAAGGCCCUUGGUCGUAUGGGUCCCAGUAUCCUUCUGUCUGCGACUACAGAGACUGUUGCAUUCGCUCUCGGCGCUGCAGUUGGUAUGCCCGCUGUUCGCAACUUCGCCGCCUAUGCAGCUGGAGCAGUCUUCAUCAACGCCAUAUUGCAAGUCACUAUGUUCAUUUCGAUUCUUGCACUCAACCAGAAGCGUGUUGAGGCUGGUCGUGCCGAUUGCUUCCCUUUCAUCAAGGUAAAGGGUGCUGACUCCAACUCUAUGGCGAUUGCUGGUAUGCCUGGCUUGGCAGGUAUUGAGGAGGAAGGUUCGCUUCAACGCUUCAUUCGCAAGACGUACGCUCCUGCUCUCCUCGGAAAGAAGACCAAGACUGCCAUCAUCACUAUCUUUCUCGGAUUCUUCACCAUCGGUCUUGCUCUUCUGCCUAAUGUCGAGCUUGGACUUGACCAACGCAUCGCAAUUCCUUCCGACUCAUACCUUAUCAAAUAUUUUGAUGAUCUCUACGACUACUUCGAGGCUGGACCACCAGUCUACUUUGUUACCAAAGACCUGAAUGCAACUGCUCGUCAACAUCAGCAGCAAAUCUGUGGCCGCUUCUCCACUUGUGAGGAGUUCUCUCUCGCGAACAUUCUUGAGCAAGAACGUAAGCGCCCAGAGAUCAGCUACAUUUCCGACUCGACUGCCAGCUGGAUCGAUGACUUCCUAUUCUGGCUCAAUCCUUCGCUCGAGGAAUGUUGUGUCGAUGGAUCUCACACUUGCUUCGAGAACCGCAAUCCUCCGUGGAACGUCACUCUUCAUGGUAUGCCCGAAGGCCAGGAGUUCGUUUCGUAUCUGGAGCGUUGGCUUCAGGCGCCUACUACCAGUGAUUGUCCAUUGGCUGGCAAAGCUGCAUACGGCAAUGCUAUUGUUGUUGAUAAUAGCAGUCUGAGCAUCCCAGCCUCGCACUUCCGUACAUCGCAUACAGCUAUGCAUAGUCAGAGCGACUUCAUCGCAGCUUACAAGUCUGCACGUCGCAUUUCACACGAUAUCACUAGCCGCACAGGUGUAGAAGUCUUCCCUUAUAGUAAAUUCUACAUCUUCUUCGAUCAAUACGUCUCGAUCGUACGUCUCUCUGGAGCUCUUAUUGGAGGCGCUUUGGGCUUCAUCCUCGUGUUGAGCAGCGUUCUUCUCGGAUCUCUGGCCACUGGUCUCGUGGUGACUUUAACAGUCGGUAUGACUGUUGUGGACAUCAUCGGCACCAUGUCUCUGGCUGGAGUUUCGCUUAACGCUGUGUCCCUGGUCAACCUCAUCAUAUGUGUUGGUAUCUCGGUUGAAUUCUGCGCUCACAUCGCCCGUGCAUUCUCGGUGCCCUCGCCAUCGCUUCUUGAGCGCUGCCACAGUUUCCGUGGUAAGGAUGCACGUGCUUGGGCUGCUCUUGUCAAUGUCGGCGCCUCGGUCUUCUCAGGAAUUACAGUCACCAAGCUUCUUGGUGUCUUUGUGCUUGCCUUUACUCGCAGCAAGAUCUUUGAGAUCUACUACUUCAGAGUCUGGCUGGCACUCGUCAUCUGGGCUGCUCUGCACGCUUUGGUCUUCUUGCCGGUCGCUUUGAGCUUCUUUGGUGGAGUUGGCUAUGCAGACCCCGACGCAGAUGGCGGUCUCGAGCAGGACCUUGCUAGCAGACGUUACCGUGCUAUGAUGCCGGAUGAGGAGUACUACUCGGAUGAGUACUAG